AUGCCUCCCAAGGUACCCAUCAACCUCCCACCCCACCUGAACAUCAGUUUCAUAAAAAGGUACCUGAUUUCAGGAGAUUUGCCGCGUGCCCGCCAACUGUUUGAUAAAAUUUCUGAACCAGAUGUGCAGUCGUGGACAUUGUUGAUCUCGGCAUACACAAAGGCCGGCCGGUCCAAAGAAGCUGUAAAACUGUACAGAGAAGUUAAAGAAGGCAGAAAGAUUGAACCGGACAAGUUUGCAGUUUUAGCGGCCGCUAAGGCUUGUGCAGCCUCGGGUGAUUUGGUUAACGCAAAAGAAGUUCAUGGCGAUGCCUCAAAGUACGGGCUCAGUUCGGAUUUGCUUCUUGGGAAUGCGUUGAUCGAUAUGUACGGGAAAUGCAGGUAUUUUCAUGGUUCAGAGAGUGUUUUCAGCAAUUUAAGGCUAAAAGACGUGGUUACUUGGACUUCGUUUUGUGCAUGUUAUGUGAACUGUGGGCUUCCAAGAGAGGCCCUUUCGGCUUUUCGUGAGAUGGGACUGAGUGGAAUUAAGCCGAAUGCAAUGACGUUGUCUUCCAUACUCCCCGCCUGCUCAAAUAUGAAAAUUUUGAAUUUGGGUAGAGAAAUUCACGGUUUUGGUAUCAAGAACGGGAUGAGUGAAAACGUAUUUGUGAAUAGUGCGCUUGUCGAUAUGUAUUCUAGUUGCUCGAGCAUUAAACAAGCCGAACUAGUGUUUCGUAACAUGUCAUGUCCUGAUGUCUUCUCAUGGAACGUGAUUAUAUCGGCUUAUUUUACGAACGGUGAUUGCGUGAGGGCACUUGAUAAAUUUCAAGAAAUGAGAAAUUUAGGAGUCCAAUCGGACACUGUUACAUGGAAUUCAGUGAUCUCUGGGUGUGCCGAUAAUGGAAAAUCGCAAGAGGCGCUAGAUUUAUUUAAAAACAUGCUGUGGCAAGGCUGCAAACCUAAUCAAAUCACGAUUACGAGUCUGUUAACUGCUUGUACUUCUUUGGAGCUUUGGAAUGGAGGAAAGGAGAUUCAUGCUUAUAUUGUCAGACAUCGGUUUUUAGAGGAUUUGACUGUUUGUACGGCUUUAAUUUUGAUAUACGCCAAGAGUGGAGACCUCGAAAUAUCGAACCACAUUUUUCGUAUGAUGACAGUAAAAGAUACAAUUGCAUGGAACACGAUUAUUAUUGCAAACUCGAUGCACGGAAAGGGAAAGAAGACUUUAUCUCUUUUUAACGAGAUGGUGGGCUCGGGUGUGAAGCCGAAUUCUAUUACAUUCACGGGCGUUUUAUCCGGUUGUAGCCACUCGCAAAUGGUUGACAAGGGGCUCUCGAUUUUUCAUUCGAUGGAAAACGAUCAUAAAGUGAAACCCGAUGCGGAGCACUAUUCCUGUAUGGUCGAUGUUCUUGGUCGUGGGGGCCGUUUGGCGGAGGCUUAUGAUUUUAUUCAGCAGAUGCCUAUGGAGCCGAGCGCGGCUGCAUGGGGGGCUUUGCUUGGGGCGUGUCGGGUGCACAAGAACGUGGAUUUAGGUCGAAUUGCAGCAAAUCGGCUGUUCGAGAUCGAGCCUGAAAAUCCGGGUAAUUAUGUUUUGCUCUUUAACAUUCUUGUUGGGGCCAAGCUGUGGGAAGAAGCCUCGUACGCUAGGAAAUUGAUGAGAGACAGAGGGAUUAGGAAAAUACCCGGUUGCAGUUGGAUCCGGGUGAAGAAUAGAGUGUUUACGUUUGUUGUUGGUGAUAAAAUUAAUGAAAUGAGUGACGAAAUGUUAGCCGUUUGGGGACUCCCUCAGCGUUGGCUCCCUGCGAAGGCGAGUUAG